AUGGAUGCUCUAACUCAACUGUGCCCUUUUCUUAGACAUAUAAAUGGCAGAUACAUGGUGGAAUCAUGCCAUCGUUACACAUAUUCUGGUGGCCCUGUUUGGAAUGGGCUCAUGGAUCUCUGUGAACUCAUUAUGGGUUGAGUUGCCGGUUGUUGUAGGUGUUCUACCUGAAGAGUGGAACUUGCCAGCCUAUCUUUCAGUGCUGAUUGCAUUUGGGAAUUUGGGUCCAGUGGCUGUGACUUUAACCCACCACUUUGCUCCAGGAUGGCUGAAUGAACGCAUGGUCAUCCACAUCAUACAAGUGCUAGCGGUGGUUGCAGCUGUGUUUCUUGCUCUCUUUUGGUCCCAGGUGGUCACAGUUGCUGGAGAGCCAAGAUCUGUCCCAUUCCUGCUGCUUACUUUUAUCCUGUCAUUUGUCUGCUGCACUUCCAACGUCACCUUCUUACCCUUCAUGUUCCGUUACCCCCCGCAAUACAUCCGGACAUUCUUUGUCGGACAGGGUCUUUGUGCACUCUUUCCCUGUGUGGUCGCUUUGGGGCAGGGUGUAGGGAAACUAGAGUGCAGUGAGACGGCCAACGGCACAAAGCCCCACUAUCUCAAAGAAAACUUCCCAGCCCAAAACUUUUUCUGGUUCUUGUCUGUGAUGCUAGCAAUUUCGGCCCUCUGUUUCCUGGCUCUGACAUACAGAGUGGUCACUCUGACUACAGCAGAGGAAGUUCAAAAGACUGAGCAGGAAACAGUGAAAACGGAGGAAGAGACACACCCUUUACAAAAUGGAGAUUCCCCAGUUUCUGAGGAACAAGUUGAAGUUGAAAAACAAGCACCUGUUGUGGCCUUUUGGACAUCACGCAAUAUAUAUCUGCUCCUGUUGCUGGGAAUAUCCAAUGCUUUGACCAACGGUGUGCUGCCAUCCGUGCAGAGUUUCGCCUGUCUGCCUUAUGGCACCAUGACCUUUCACCUCUCUGUCGUCUUGGGCAACAUUGCAAACCCUCUGGUCUGCUUUGUUGCCAUGUUUGUCCUACUUAGGUCCAGCAUUGGUCUUGGUAUGAUGUCACUGGGAGGCUGUAUUUUUGCUGCCUAUCUCAUGGCCUUGGCUGCGCUGAGUCCCUGUCCACCACUUUUAGGAAGUCAAUCUGGCGUUGCUCUUGUGAUCAUAUCCUGGAUCAUCUUCACUGGCUUGUUCUCUUACCUGAAGGUUGUAGUUGGGACUCUGCUUCAUGAAGCAGGGCAUGCAGCUUUGCUCUGGUGUGGAGUCUUCAUCCAGGCUGGCUCUCUUAUUGGAGCACUCACGAUGUUCCCUUUAGUCAGUGUGUACCAGGUCUUCCAGCGAGCCCAGGACUGCACAGACAACUGCAGUUAAUAUUGCAGCACUUGAUUUUACAUUCACCCCAUGCCUUUAUACAACAGCUUUAGGUGUGAAUCUAAAAUGGAAAAAGAUGGUAAAACUGAUGCCUUCACAGGACAUUUCAAGUUAAUGUCAAUGCAAAAAGAGUUGCACUUGAUCACAUUGCAUAUCUUUGUGUUACCCGAUGGAACAUUGAGAAUGUAAAGAAUAUGUGGUUGAUGCAUCACGUUACUUUGAAUGUGUGUGUGAACACCAUGACCUUGAUCUAGAUUAAGUGAGAAGUGUUUUCAUGCAACAAGACAAGACAUCUGUGGUUGGAAAUCAGAGCAGGUCUGAUUUCAUAAUGGAAAACCUCAGUGUCAGCAUGUCAGCAAUUGUUUAGACCAGAAAUCAGAAGUCAGCAAUCUGUAACUACAAUAUUCACUAUCUAAUGAGUAGACUUAUACUAUAUGCUUCAUCUGUGUAUAAUUAUACACAGUAUUUCGUUUAUUCCCAACAGCAAACUGUUAAAUUGUUGAUGAAUGCAAAUCAGGUAAGUUUAUAUUGUUCCUAACUGGAAUAACUAUGCUUUGUAUGACUCCAAGAUGAAAUUGCGUUUUGAUGACCAUAAGCAAAAAAUGUAUAUUAUCACAUUCCAGUAUUUCUGGAUUUAUAUUUAAACACUCAACUUUGUCUGCUGAAUAUCUGGUUUUGUUUAGUUUAAAAUUUUAGUUUUAAUGUACAUACAGAGUCUAAAUGUACUAUCGACAAUACGUCUAACUUAUCUGCCAUGUGUGAUGCUGCCAUGUUUUACCCUUUUGAUUUUGAAUAUUUUAGAUGCGAGGCCAGUAUUUUAAUUAAGGUUAAUCUCAUUUGGCAACUGCUGUUAUCUUACUUUUGUGACAUUUAUCAACAUUUUCAAAAAAUUGUUGUGUGUAAUUUUUUUGGCAUUUAGCACUAAUUAUUAUUGGCACUAAUUGCAUACAUUCAGAAUUUAUAUUUUAGAAACCGGGCUUAAAUCAGAUUUAGUUUUAUGAGAGCUGGAGAUAUGUGUUGAGCACUAACUGCAUUCCUGACGUCUAUGAUGCCAUAUAAUAUUUUCAGCCUCUUUGCCUUUUAAAUAUAGAGAUUUUUUUCUCACAUAGAAGUUAUAUGCUGUUUUUAAUUGUUCACAUGUUCUUACGCACUUUUUAUGUGCCGUUGUUAUAAGAUUUCAGAGCUUUGUAAGUAAUUUAAUGGUUUUUUGGCAUCAGCAGUUGUAUUGUAGUCACUUUUUUCCUACAUUCUUAUGUAAUAUAAUGGUUAUAGUUAAACUUUCACUGAAGCUGUGAUUGACCUGCUUAGCAAAGGAAACUUUUGUUACAUUUCCUGCCAGAAUGUACAUAAGGAAACAGCUCUCAUUGCUUACUGAUGAUGUUUUUAUCCCCAAAAUACGAAUUUUAGUGUUGCAUUUUUAUUAACAAAUGUAUGAUUAAUGUUAUUCUGAAUUAUAUACCUGCAUUGUAAUAAAUGAUCUACAAAUUACACAUUAAUUUUUUUCCCUUGAUAAAACAUCAACAGACAGGUGCCAUGGUUGGCUAGAAUAGUCACACCCACUCAUGCAGAGGAUAUAAGACAUUUCUCUCAUUGUACAGGUCAGAAUUUUGUCUCCAUAUGAUCAGCCUCAGAUCAUGUGAGUAUCUGUCAGUUGUCACAUAGGCUAUACCAAUCUUUUUUCUUAUUUUUUUUGUUUUACUUGUAAAUUAAAAAAUGCAUCUGUCAAACGUUGCAUGCUAGCUAGGUAGUCUGUAUGAUCAGUAUGUUUGUUGCAUAUGACAAAAAUAAUCACAAUUAAGUUUUGUAUAACC